CAGCUUAAAGCAAUUACUCCCUUUCUGGGAAAUGAGUCAUUAAUUGUUAAUGAUACUAGAAAACUGCUGGUUCAAUUUUAAUCAUCACCUGUUGCUGUUCAGCAUUUUGUCCUUCCUUCAGAAAAAAACAUGAGCUGGGGAUUCCUGCGAGACAUCCUAAGUGGAGUGAAUAAAUAUUCAACAGGGAUUGGCAGGAUCUGGUUGGCUAUUGUCUUUAUAUUCCGCUUGCUUGUCUAUGUUGUGGCAGCAGAACAUGUCUGGAAGGAUGAACAGAAGGAAUUUGAGUGCAACAUCAGGCAACCAGGUUGUGAAAACGUCUGCUUUGACCACUUCUUCCCUAUUUCCCAGAUCAGGCUUUGGGCCUUGCAACUGAUCAUGGUCUCCACCCCUUCUCUUUUGGUCGUUCUCCAUGUUGCCUAUCGAGAGAGCAGGGAAAAGCGACACAAAAAGAAACUUUACAAGACCCCAGGGAGCAUGGAUGGUGGAUUGCUGUGUACUUAUCUCAUCAGCCUCAUUUUCAAAACAGGAUUUGAAAUUGGUUUUCUGGUUUUGUUUUACACGUUGUAUGGUGGAUUCAACGUGCCACGGCUUGUGAAGUGUGACAUGAGGCCAUGUCCUAACACUGUAGAUUGCUAUAUCUCCAAGCCCACAGAGAAGAAAGUCUUCCUCUAUUUUGUGGUGGUGACUUCGUGCUUGUGCAUUGUAUUAAAUGUAUGUGAACUGAGCUAUCUGAUUUUCAAAUACACCAUAAAAUGUUGCCUUGAGAGAUAUGAGAAGAAAAUUCAAGCCAUGAAAAGUGAGUGCCAGAAGCUGAAAUACGUUGUUCCCGCUGAAACAGCAAAUACAGCUCUGCUCCACAGCAAUGCUUCACCAGAGCUUGUCAAUAUGCCAGAUAAACCUGAAAGUAACUUACCUACUGACUUGAGAGAAGGAUAAAAAUGAUAUUGCCUGAUGCUAAAUAAACUGUUUGAAUUAUUCCUCUUACAUGAGUUCAAAGAAAUCCAUGAAUGGAUAAGGAGGAACUUUUAUUUCUAUCUAGAAAAUAGUGUAUUCUCUUUCUCUUAAAAAAAGUGUCAGAUCCCUGCUAUUGGGCUUUUGCCUUCCCAUUCACCUGUAUUACGUAUUAUUCAGGUUUGUUCAGGCUGAAUCAAGGCAAUGUAAAAGGUUGAUAUUUCUACUCAGAAGUAAUAUAAAUACUAAAGCUUGUGAUACAUCAUCUUGAAAGGACUUUUGCUCAAAUAGUUGUGUUUUGUAUAUUUUAUGUGGCUGCUUUGGUUCAGUUUUUUGUUGCUUUUGAAGAGGAUCUUUAUGUCUUAAAGCUGAAAGACCCUGGGAUUGGUUAGAAUAGAGGAGUGAAAAGGGGAUAUAAAGCUGUACAGAUUAAGUCACUCUGCCAAUUCGAAUCCAGCCCAGGACAAUAUGAGUAACUGAAAAGGAUUGACAACUUGUGGCUGCUAACUGUCCUAUGUGAUUAGGUCACUAUAUGAGUGAUGGGCUGAACCUAGAUCUGGUUA